CACCAAUCCACUCCCGCUCCACUCGAAGAUACGAUGCACAUCAAACGCCUCAUAUCUGGGCAUGUACAUCGCAGGAGCGGGAUCCUAUCACAGCAUGCGUCUGACCCGAGAUGGGACUCGUACCUGCGCCGCAUGAGUUUGCGUCUUCCACUUCAAAUGUGACAUUGCCGUUCUUCUCCAUACUCUCCCGUCCUAAGACCAAUUCCUUAUCGCUGGUGAGCAGCAGAAGUGUUGUCUAGUCCUCCGUCAUGGGGCUCCCUGUAGACGUUCUCAAGGCAUGGGAGGCUUGCGAUCGUAUCGACACACUCUUCGUCCUGGUGUGCUCUGUCUUUUGCUGGGGAAUCAUCCCCGCGGUCGGAAUCGCCUACUCAGGCUACACAACGCGUUCCAAUGCCCUCGCAGCAGUCAUGCCCGCCAUUCUGGCGGUCAUUGUGUGCUCCAUCCAAUGGUUCAUGAUCGGCUACACACUGACGUACGGAGAAGGAGGAGCCAUUUUUGGAGACUUCGCGUAUGCUUUCCAUAAGAAUGUCUUGGCUGAGCCCGUAGGAACUAUACCCGCGGUGCUAUUCAGCUUCUUCCAGAUGGUCUUCCAGGCGACAGUCUGCGCUAUUGCGGUUGGAGGUGCGUGUGAGAGAGGACGAAUACUCCCGUUGGUGCCGUUCAUCUUCCUAUGGUCAACAUUCGUCUACAACCCAUUAGCCCACAUGGUCUGGGGAGGGGGCUUCCUCAUGGACCUAGGAGUAUUAGAUUUCGCAGGCGGCACACCCGUGCACAUCAACUCCGGAGCAACAGCAACAGCAAUGUCAGUCUACCUAUCAUACCCUCUCUUCCGCUCGCGCAAGUCCCCGACCCGCACGCCAGGCCACCUAGUCAUCCACCGGCCAGUAAACUCGCUCUGCCAGCUCCUCGCUCUAAUCAGCAUCUGGGGCUCCUGGCUCGCCUUCGACGCCGGCACAACGCUAGCCUUCAACUUCAAAUCCGUCAUGGCGCUUUGCGUGACGAAUCUAUGUGCUGCCAGUGGCGCGCUGACAUGGAUGCUGUACACGUACAUCGAAGUCGGACGAUGGAGCUUUGACUCGUGUUUCAUGGGUGCGAUUUCCGGCCUGAUCAUGAUCACACCGUCGGCCGGCUUCAUCGACCUCCCGACUGCGUUUCUCUUCGGCAUAGCAGGCGCGCUUUUUUGCCGUCAAGCUCUGCGAAUUAAAUUCUCCUCCUUUGCGCGGCGCUGGCGGUGGGUAGAUCAUGGCGAUACAUUCGCAACCCAUUGUUUAGGAGGCUUCCUAGCAACCAUCGGCACGGGGUGUCUCGCGCGAAAAGAAGUCGCAGGUUACGACGGCGUGACGGAGAUUGCUGGCGGGGUUUUCUUCGAUGGAAAUACCAGACAGCUUGGUAUUCAGAUUGUCGAGGCUCUUGUUGGGUUCCUUUGGUCGUUUACCGGAAGUUACGUUAUCUAUGCGCUGAUCGAUUGCGUUCCCGGGUUUGAGGUCUUGGCUGAGGAUAAGGAUAUUGUUGCGGGGUUGGAUGCUAGUCAGAUGGAUGAGGAGACGCUGUGGACGGAAACGCAAAAGUACUAUCCUUUUGCGGAUCGUGAGGGUCAACUCCAUCUUGAGUGAAUGGGGAGAAUAGGGAAGAAGACGCUAUGGAAAUACUAGUCCUGCGGAGACGUGCGAACAUGUGAAACAAGAACACAGCCCCUCAAGGUACUCGAGGCGAAAGAGAAAAGUGACGCCUGAUAGCUCCCAUGGCACAAUGCUUUCAAUAACACAUUUUUCAAGAGAACACAAGAAGUAGGAAGUAAUUAACCACUAACG